AUGGCAGUCACCCUAGGUAAAGUGGUGGCCUCGGUCGCCGUCUUUGCAUAUGGCAUUUUCACUGUGCUGCUCUAUGCGGUCAUCGCCAUGAAAAAGGGUCUCUGGUUCAGAAAGAGAACAGAGAAGGAAUCUCUCGAACUUCAGAUCGCGCGUGAUCGCAUGUGGAACCUGACCAAGGAGUACUCUGGUCUUUCCCACCACUUCACCACUCUUACCAGUGGGCUCAAAAUUCACUUCAUGAGCAAUGCAGCCCCUGGCUCGGCAGCGGCAUUGAACCCGGAGAAGCCGUUGGUCAUUCUCAUUCACGGCUGGCCCGACAGUUGGGCCAUCUGGCGAUUCAUUGCCAGCUCGUCUAGCUUACAAGAGGCGGCAAAUCUCGUCGUUAUUGACCUACCUGGAUUUGGGGGCUCGGGGCGACUGGAGAAAUACUCCGCGACGAAUGUGCUCGAGGCGUUGACGGAGCUGAUCCUUACGCUUCGAACUAAAUAUGGCGUGGAUAAUGACUCCGAGUCGAGCAAGAAGCGAACUAUCGUCGUUGCACAUGACUGGGGCUGUGUCCUAUCGAUGCGACUGGCAGCCGAAGCCCCGGCACUCGCUGACCGGUGGAUUUUAAGCAAUGCGCCCUUGGUCAAGCUAGUCGAAUCUAACAUCGGCCGGCUAUUAACGUCGGCGAAGAAGAUGUUUAGCACCGCACUCAACUCCCCUCUCUCCUCUCGCACGCCCGUGCUGCAGGCAUUCCGCACUCUUGGCCCUGUCAUCCGCCAGGCUGGCCUGUCCGGUUAUAUCUUCGCCAUGCAGCUACCGCCCGCAGGAGUCCACUACUUCUUGACCGGAGGCAACAGCUCUUUGAUGGUAGCCAUUCACCACCGUUCUUACGGAAGCUACAAGCCCACCUACUCAGAUAAGGCCGACGCCAUGUCCAACACGAUGGGUCCCUCGCUCGCGGAGUCGAAGCUACAAAAUGCAAAAGGCGAUAGCUACCCCGAGGGAAUUGAUUAUAGCCGUGAAUUUUCCAAAAUCUUCGAUAUGGCCUCUUACUACCGCCAAGGCGCCGCGUCUGCGCGUUGGCACAAGUCCCUGGAGACGAUCACCGGGCUGCAUGGUAUCGCAGGCGACGAGAAGCUCCGCCGGACCAGCAGCGGAACGGGUGUUUUCGACGAAGGUGUUCCGGGAGUUCUCAAGGCCCCCUCGACUAUCAUUUGGGGUCAGAAGGAUAUUGCGCUGGACCCGCAUAUCUGCCUGGAUGGCAUUGGGGACUACCUCGUGAAGGAUAGCCAGGUGGUGAUGUUGCCACGGUCGGGCCAUUGGACUCCGAUCGAAGUGGAGAGUCGUGCAGCUCUCGAGGCGGCGAUUCAGUGGGCAAUUGGGGGUGAAAAGGGGGAUGUUGAGGCUGCGGUUCAGGCUUCGUACCCGGAUGCCACGAUCACCGUGCGUCGCUGA